AUGCGUUUUGGGUGCCCACUCGAGAUACUGAGAGAUCGUGGAGCCAAUUUUACCAGCAAACGUGCGGCCGCUUAUCUCAUUCGUACCAAGUAUAGUCUGUUCUUUCUUACCUAUGGACGCCAUUAUGUCCUUCCUGAAGACCCUCGUGCAGUGGCGGACCAGACCGUUGACCAACUGGAGAAUGUCGGUAGGGCCAGAAAAGCCACCGAGUUACGUAUGAGUGACAUUAGUUCAAAAAACAAGGAAAAAGUGGAUGCCGUGAUUGAGAAAGUGAAAUUCGACAUUGGUGAUCGUGUUAAUCUCACACACGAAGGACAUUUUGGUUUGGAAGCACGAUUGAAAGGCCCGUUUAUUGUGAUGAGCAAAAAAAGACAAUACAACUCGACUGCCUCUCGUUUAGUAUGGCGCGUUGUUAUGCGACUCUUGGACUCGGAAAUUCCCAAUGACGUUGGUGCUUGUGGACGAUCACAAAACCAGAAAGGGGGUAAUUUCAGAAUUGGCAUCGGUGACCAAAAUUGGAAUUUACAAGCAACCAGUGUUUGGUUGUGGAGUCUGUUCUUCACUCAAUUGUGGUGUAUAUACCACAGUUACAGCAGAUAA